AUGGUAAAUACAAGAAGAAAAAGCCAAGUUUUACCAAUUGAUCCAUUAGCUGCGGAGCAAUCUGAUUCAUCGACGACAAGUGCGACCAGAAGAUCCACGAGACGUUCAGUCGGAAACGUACUAGCAACCCCCGUGGAAAUUCCCACGCCAACUAGAAGAUCAAGGCGCCUGUCAAAUUCCUCGGUAGAAUCAGCUAAUAAUGACACACCAAGACCAGGUACACGUCGUUCUUCCAGGAUUAACAAAACUGCUGGAAGUGACGCUGAAACAAGUGAUGUAGAAUUAGUUGUCAUUAAAAGGCGUAAGUUGGGGGAAGGUGUGGACACAUUAAUACCAAUCAGGGAAGAAAAAAAUGAAGAUCGUGCCAAUCCUUCUGAAGACAAGGAAAAGCACAUUUUGGUUGAACUCGAAGAAGAGAUUGAAGAUGAAAUAAAGAAAAAGAGCAAUGAAGUCGAAGAACUUAACAAAAGCAUUCAAGCUGAAGUUGAUGACAAGAUCAUUAAAACUGAAGUAGUUUGCAAAACUAUUGAAGCUGAAGUUGAUAGCAAAACCAUCAAAGUUGAAGUUGAAAGCAAGACCAACGAAGCUGAAAUUGAUAGUAAAUGUAAAGAAUCUGAAAUAGAAGUUGUACUUCCGAGUAAAGAAAUUGAAGAUAAAAUCAUCAGGCAAGAAUCACCUGUAAAAGCAAGUAAGGCUGAAGAGCUGAAGACUGAAGAUACUGAUAGUCAUGAAGACAAACUGGUAAACAUCAAGUUGGAUGAAGUUGACAAUAGCAGUUUGAAAUCUGAAAUUGCCAUUGAAAUCAUUGAAGCUUGUAAGGAAAACUCACAUUCCAGUGAGGAAAAUCAUGAAAAAUAUUUCACUCCAGUAUCCACUCCAACAAACUUGAUUGAAGUUGAAGAUGCUACUAAGCAAACUGAGAAGAUGGAUUGCUCAACAAGUGAAGAGCAGCAACCUUUGACAACAGCUGAGGUUGCAUCUCCAAAAAGCCGUGAUGGGGAACAGCAGCAAGAAGAAAAUAAAUGCCUACAGAGUCCACUUAAAGAAACCAAUGUAAAAGCUGAUUCACCUGUAAAGUCUGAUGUUGAGAAGCCUCGUAUGUUGUUUGGUGUUCCAGUAGAAAAAAUCACAAUUGGUACAACAUUAAAUAUGAAAAAAAUUGGAAAAAAAUUGAGGGAUGAAAAGAGGAAAAUGCGCAUAGCACACAAAGUUCGAGUGAAAAAAAUCGAACCUCCCAAAGAAAGUCUACCGUGUGGUGCUGAUGUAAUGCGGAAUAUUCCCAGAGGGAAAUCAAAAUCUGGACGCGAGUGGAAAGAACCAAAAUCCAAUCCUCGAUAUUUAUACCAGGACAAAGGUUUGAAAAUGCCCUUUGAAAAGAUCACACAGUUGAGACAAGAGCGUCAACGAGUUAAAGAGUUGGAAAACCGCAUGAAGGAAGAAGAGCGAGCCCGCCGAGCUGAAAUUACUCGUCGUCGUGAAGUAAAUAAGAAACGCGAAGAAGAAAAUGCUCGUCGUGGAGAAGUUGUUCAAGUGAUUCGAAAUACCAACAAAAUAAAAAGGAUGAAGAAAAAGCAGCUGAAGUUGAUUCAAAAGCGGGAUACAACAAAAGUGGUGUAAAUUUUCUAUCGUUGCAACAGUAACAAGUUCUUGACCAUGAAUAAAAAAAUUGAACGAUUAA